GUCUUACCUUGGAGCUUUUUAUAGAGCAAGAGGAGUAUAUAAGGAGUCUGAGUACUGCAGCUGGUCUGAGAGUUCUGCUCCAUGGACAAGGAGAGAUGCCAUUCCCAGAGGACGAGGGAGUAAAUGUACCCCCUGGACAGGAGUCUGACAUUGGUGUAGUAAAGGUUCAUGUCAAACGGUUGGAGGAGCCCUAUAGUAGCAAUUGUAGCAGUGGAGAGAACAUUAGGAAUUAUUACACAGAUGUAUAUGGGACAGAUUACAGUCGAGAGGCUUGUAAGAAAAGCUGUGCUCAGGCUAAGAUGGUCAAAAACUGUGGCUGCAGAAUAUGGGAGUUCCCUGCUCCCCCUGAGUCUAAUGUGCCUCUGUGCAAUAUUAGUGAACCAUCUGUUAAUCACUGUGUGGAACUUUAUGAAUACAAAUUGUCCCACGAUCAACUAAAAUGUCAUUGUCCUCUUCAGUGUGAGGAAGAAAUUUUUGAGCUGACUCUCUCAUCAUCACAGUGGCCAAGCAAUGUAUACUUGGACUCUUUCUCAAAGCACCUUAGCAGAAGAAAAGGAUUUCAGGAUCUACAAAGUAUCAGAGAUAACCUCGUAAAAAUUGUGGUUUAUUAUCAACAACUCAACUAUGAACUGAUAGAAGAGGUCCCCUCAUUGCAGCUGGUAGACUUGUUCUCUAGUAUUGGAGGCCUGGUGGGUCUCUGGAUUGGAGUAUCUAUCUGCACAGUGGCUGAAUUCCUGGAGUUGAUAUUAAAUCUGCUGACUUUUGUUAUUCAUCAAAUAUUUAACACAAAAGAGGACUACCCGACAAACCCAUACACAAUUCCAGGCCCGGAUAUCACCUCUCCAGUUCUACGCAAUAGUCACUGUCUGACUUGGGACACUGUUAAUGACUCAUCUAGUCUACUUGGAAACAGCUUUGAGGAGCAGGAAAGUGUUUAUUCUGUCAUUAAUCCAUAUGAAUUACAUUAUAGACAAUAG